UGCUGACUAACUGAGGCCGCGGCUUUACCUCAUACAUUCCCCACCGGUUGCUGACUAACUUGAGGCCGGGAGCUUCUCCUCAUACAUCGCCAUCACCGACUGCUGACUAACUGAGGCGGGAGCUGACUGACUGACGGACGGACGCUCGAGACGCUUCUAGACGUUUCCAGCGCCAGUCCUGCUGCUCAAGAUGGCGGCGGCAGCGGUGAGCCUGAGGAGAAGCGGCGUCUCGCUGUUGCUGCCCUGGCGGGCGGCCUGCCUACAGACGACACGCAACGCCCAGACCGCAGCAGCAGCUACACCUGAAGCAACGUCUCUCAUGAAGAAAUUUGCAAUUUACAGAUGGAAUCCGGAUAAACCCGGAGACAAGCCCCGCAUGCAAACCUAUGAGCUUGACCUCAAUUCAUGUGGUCCAAUGGUACUAGAUGCUCUUAUCAAGAUCAAGAAUGAGAUGGACUCAACACUAACUUUCCGCAGAUCUUGCAGGGAGGGAAUCUGUGGCUCCUGUGCCAUGAACAUCAAUGGGGGAAACACGCUGGCGUGUAUCUGCAAAAUUGACACCAACCUCGACAAAGUCUCCAAGAUCUACCCCCUGCCUCAUAUGUAUGUGGUAAAGGAUCUCGUUCCCGACCUCAGCAACUUCUAUGCUCAGUACAAGUCAAUAAAACCCUACCUGCAGAAGAAGGAUGAAUCUCAAGCAGGCAAGGACCAGUAUCUGCAGUCAAUUGAGGACAGAGAAAAACUGGAUGGUCUAUAUGAGUGCAUCCUCUGUGCCUGCUGUAGUACCAGCUGCCCUAGUUACUGGUGGAAUGGAGAUAAAUACUUGGGUCCUGCCGUGCUGAUGCAGGCAUACCGCUGGAUGAUCGACUCCAGGGAUGAUUUCACAGAGGAACGCCUGGCUCAGCUACAGGAUCCCUUCUCUCUCUAUCGCUGUCACACUAUAAUGAACUGCACACAGGCCUGCCCAAAGGGUUUGAAUCCAGGUUUAGCAAUUGCUGAGAUUAAGAAGAUGAUGGCAUCAUAUAAAGCCAAAGCUUCGGCGGCAUAGUAAAAACUUCUCCAAUUACAGGUGGAAGGUGCAAGAGUGCGAUUGUGAAUGACAUAGCUGAAGCACAGAAAUAAAGUCUUUAUAUACUGUACAGUCAAA